UAUGAAAUUUUCCAGCUCAUGGUAAACCUUUAUACGGAGAGAUUUGUCCAGUGGCUGAGAAAGCUGAGUGACCAAGCUAAUAAUAUGACGAAUAUAGAGAUUUUAAAGGUAACAGGUUGGGUGGUCGACUACCAAGAAAGUCUAAUUGGACUUGGAGUUGAUGAUUCUUUGGCUCAAGUUUGCUCUGAGAGUGGUGCAAUGGAUCCCCUCAUGAAUGCAUAUGUUGAGAGAAUGCAAGCUACGACAAAGAAAUGGUACUUGAACAUCCUUGAGGCAGACAAAGUACAGCCACCUAAAAAGACGGACGAUGGGAAACUUUAUACGCCUGCUGCUGUUGACUUAUUUAGGAUCCUGGGGGAGCAGGUGCAAAUUGUACGAGAAAAUAGCACUGAUGUCAUGUUAUACAGGAUUGCUCUGGCUCUCAUUCAGGUAAUGAUUGAUUUUCAAGCAGCUGAGAGGAAGAGAUUGGAGGAACCUGCUUCCGAAAUCGGUCUGGAAUCCCUAUGUGCAAUGAUUAACAACAAUCUUCGCUGUUAUGAUCUCGCGAUGGAGCUAAGUUCUAGUACUCUUGAAGCUCUCCCACAGAACUAUGCCGAGCAGGUUAAUUUCGAGGACACCUGCAAAGGUUUUUUAGAGGUUGCAAAGGAAGCUGUUCAUCAAACUGUCAGUGUCAUUUUUGAAGAUCCAGGAGUAGAGGAAUUGCUUGUUAAGUUGUAUCAGAAAGAUUGGUUGGAAGGACAGGUUACCGAGUUUCUAGUUGCAACAUUUUCAGACUACUUCACCGAUGUUAAAAUGUACAUUGAAGAAAGAUCAUUUAGGCGUUUUGUCGAGGCUUGCCUGGAGGAGACUGUUGUUGUAUAUGUGGAUCAUCUACUUACCCAGAAAAACUACAUUAAAGAAGAAACGAUUGAGAGGAUGAGGCUCGAUGAAGAGGUUCUCAUGGAUUUCUUUCGGGAGUACAUUAGUGUUUCUAAAGUAGAGAACAGAGUAAGGAUACUCAGUGACUUGAGAGAACUUGCUUCAUCUGAGAGCCCUGAUUCCUUCACACUGGUUUACACAAAUAUUUUAGAACAGCAACCGGACUGUCCACCAGAAGUGGUUGAAAAGAUUGUGGGUCUGCGAGAAGGCAUACCGCGAAAAGAUGCAAAAGAGGUUGUUCAAGAAUGCAAAGAAAUCUAUGAACAUUCUCUGGUGGAUGGAAAUCCCCCAAAGACAGGUUUUGUUUUCCCCAGGGUGAAGUGCUUAUCAGCUACAAAACACUCCAUAUGGCGAAAGCUGACAUAAUCCAACUGCUGCAACAAGUCGUUUGUUGCAAUCUGAAGAAAAUUUCCUGUACAUGCCUUAAUCAUAAAUGUACAGAUUGGGACUAUAGUUUCUACGUAUUUAUAUGUUCUGAUUAAUUAGCCCAUUUAUACGGAUGGUAGUUGCCUUUGCCAAAUAUGUAUUCAUUCUAUUGUCCAGUAUCAAUUUUGCAACUGUUGUAGUUUCAGCAUUGUCACUCUGGUUGUACGUGUGAUGAUUGUUUGAUAAUAGGUCAGUUGAGUUCAUGUAGUCUC